AUGAAUCAAAGUUGUAAGGUAAUGCGAGGAAGGACUCCGACGCUAUGCUUCCUGAUAGCUGCCCUGACGCUGGCGCCCGUGUUGGCCUUAGGUAGCGGCGCCUGCGAACGUGGGAAAACGUGGUGGAAUCGGGAAAAUGGCGUCUGCAUGCCAUGCACACUCUGCGAUCCCCGACGCCUCGCUGUCAAAUAUCCAUGCGAAAUACACAGGGACACAAUCUGCCAACCGCUUUACGAGGUUCGCAUCUGGCCCUUCAACACACCACGCAGGAAUGACUCUACGAGUGAACUUUCUAGUGAUUACGAAUAUUAUGAAUAUUCGGACUAUAGCGGAGAAGUGACUGAGAGUAGGGAUGAUAUAGUGUGGGACAUACAAACGUCGACGUUGACCCUAGCGGUUAGUGGUUGCGUCGUUUUCUUCGCGGUGGUGCUAACGCUGUCUUUCUAUCAUGCAAGACAGUGGCGAGCGCUGAAGCAAGUUCUUAAGUCAGAUGUCCACGAUUUAUCAGCAAAGCUGAAAUUGAUGGAAUCAGGAGGAGAGGCGCCGGCGGAACCAAUAGUGCCCACACACCACAUCUACUGUAACAUACACAUUGGCAAAGAUGCUUUGCUUGGUCCACCUUCAGCUAAGGGCUUGGGCAACGUAUACACACAAGAAAAACACUCUGCUUAG